UAUAAAUGGGCGUGUGGAAUAUUAACCUUUGUGCGUGUGCCUUCCAUACUUCCCACAGAAUAUAAAAAAUUGAGCUAAUUAAAUAUCAAUCUCAUUUUCUGCAGCUUUUCUUCAUCAUGGAAACAACCAAAGCAAACAACCCACAAAAGCCUCACAUCGACGACAUGAAGCAAAUCUUGCCGAGAAACGACGACGUCGAAUGCCAAAGCCACCAAGUCGUCCAAGUGGUUCAUGAUUACUCAAAGCGGGCGCAGUGGCUGAGGGCCGCCGUCUUAGGCGCGAAUGACGGCCUCCUCUCCACCGCGUCGCUCAUGAUGGGAGUCGGGGCGGUCCGGCAGGACGCCAAGACUAUGAUUCUCACCGGAAUAGCAGGGCUGGUCGCCGGAGCUUGCAGCAUGGCCAUCGGAGAGUUCGUCUCUGUCUACUCACAGUACGACAUAGAGGUGGCUCAGCUGAAGAGAGAGCAAAGAGCUACUGGAAACAACAGUGAUCUGGAGGCCAUGAAGAAGAAGCUACCGAACCCACUGCAGGCCGCCGCGGCGUCGGCGUUUGCUUUCGCAGUCGGGGCGGUGGUGCCGCUGCUGGCCGCGGCCUUCAUAAGGAACUACCAUGUGAGGGUGGUAGUGGUGGUUGGCGCCGUGAGCGUGGCUCUUCUGGGGUUCGGUGCGGUGGGGGCGGUUCUUGGGCAGGCGCCGGUGCUGCGAUCUUCGUUGAGGGUGGUGAUCGGAGGGUGGCUGGCCAUGGGAAUCACCUUCGGUUUAACAAAAUUAAUUGGCUCAACCGGCCUCUAAUAUUUUCCCCCUCUAAUUUGUAGUAUUAUAAUGUAUUUUAUGAAAAUUAAUCAAGGUUUAUUAAUACUUCAAAUACUAUAUUUA